GAGGGCGUGGUCAGCACAUGUGUCAGCCCAGCAAGAGUCAAUCCCACAAUCUCACCCUCAUCCGCCCGGAAUACUUCAAAAGCUUUCAAGAGAGACGCCUGGAAAGUGUCUCCUCGCGUCAGUCCUCCUCUUCAUCACAUUAUAAAGGACACUCUCCGAAUCACAGCACCUCCUUCGAAUCUUCAUCAUCUUCAUCAUCAUGUCUGGGAAGCCAGACGGCGCGCAGAAGAAGUGGGCGGCUGUGCAGGGUCGCCUUGGUUCGUCUCAGGACUCGGACAGCUCUCAGGAGGCCAACCUGGAGAACGCAGACGCCGAGCUGUGCAUCCGUCUGCUGCAGGUGCCCACCGUGGUCAACUACUCAGGCCUGAAGAAGCGUCUGGAGAAGAGUGACCACGCCUGGAUGGGGCAGUUCCUGGAGCUCUCGGGCCUCGACCUGCUGCUGGAGGCCCUGGACCGUCUGUCGGGACGCGGCUGCUCUCGAAUCGCAGACGCUCUGCUGCAGCUGACGUGUGUGAGCUGUGUGAGAGCCGUGAUGAACUCGUCCGCCGGGAUUCACUUCAUCAUGGAUAACGAGGGAUAUGUGCGCAAGCUGUCGAGGGCUUUGGACACGUCCAACACCAUGGUGAAGAAGCAGGUGUUUGAGCUGCUGGCGGCCCUCAGCAUGUUCUCCUCUGAGGGUCACAGACUCGCUUUAGACGCUCUCGACCAUUACAAGACUGUGAAGACGCAGCAGUAUCGAUUCAGUGUGAUUAUGAAUGAACUCCAAUACACUGAUAAUGUGCCUUACAUGGUGACCCUUCUGAGUGUCAUAAACGCCCUGAUCUUCAGCGCCGACAACCUGCGCCAGAGAGACAAGAUGCGCAAGGAGUUCAUUGGAUUACAGCUGCUUCACCUGCUGCCGAAGUUAAGGUGA